AUGGGUCUUAGUUGGAUGAAAGCCGAUAGACUAGGUCCGGUUUAUGAGAAAGGUGUUCUUGAAUUCCUUGAAUACGCUGAUAAACAUCUUCCUGACAAUAAUGGUAUCUUUUAUUGUCCUUGUGUUGUUUGCGUGAAUAUCAAUAAGGGUACAAAGAAAGAAAUAUUCCAGCACCUUUGUUGUGAUGGUAUAUGUCAAAAUUAUAUAACAUGGAUGUGGCAUGGUGAGGUGGAUAAAGAGGAAAGUCGGGCUCCCCAAAGUCAAAGAGUGGAUGAAGAGGAAUAUAUGGAGGAUGAACUAGAGGAUAUGUUCCGUGAUAUUGGAGAAUCUUCUUUUAAGAAUGCUCAUAUUUAUGAUACCUUAUAUAGUGAUAAAGACACCCCUUUAUAUAAGAGAUGCACAAAUUUUACACGAUUGUCGGCUGUGUUAAAAUUAUUUAACCUGAAGGCAAAAAAUGGAUGGUCGGAUAAAAGUUUCACAGAGUUGCUUGAAUUGGUAAAUCAAAUGUUACCAGAAGAUAACAAAUUUUCGGAUUGUUGCUAUGAGGCCAAGAAGAUAUUGUGUACAAUUGGUAUGGAGUAUAUCAAAAUACAUGCUUGCCCUAAUAAUUUCAUAUUAUACAGGAAAGAGUGUGAAGACUUGUUUCAAUGUAUGAAAUAUGGUUUGUCGCAUUACAAGCUCAAUGCCAACAAUGGUGAUGACAAUGACUACGACAAUAUACUUUUUGCUAAUUCAAAUGACACAAAGAAUCUUAGAUGGCAUGCAGAUGAAAUGACUCAUGGUGGGAACAUUCGCCAUGUAGCUGAUUUGUUGCAAUGGAAGAAAAUUGAUUCGUUGUUUUCGGAUUUUGGAGUUGAGCCAAGAAACCUUAGGCUUGGGCUUGCCACCGAUGAAAUGAACCCCUUUGGUUAUCUAAGUCCAUUAAUUGAUGAUUUACGACUCUUGUGGGAUGAAGGCGUUGAAGUUGAUGAUGCAUAUUAUGGGGAAAAGUUUAAGAUGGAUGCAAUGUUAUUUUUCACAAUCAACGACUUUCCUACUUACGGUAACUUGGCUGAAUAUAGUGUCAAAGAACAUAAAGCAUGUCCUAUUUUUGAAUAUGAUACUUGUUAUCACCAACAUGAGUCUGGAAAAAAGACCGUUUACCUUGGGCAUCAAAAAUUUCUAAAACCCGGUCAUCCGUAUCGUAGAUUGCGGAAGGUUUUUAAUGGAGAGCAAGAGUUUGAUGAGGCUCCUGAACCUUUAACCGGGGAUAAAAUUUAUCAACAACAGGAACACAUUAACGUUGUCUUCGGGAAGAGAGAAAAAGAAAAAUGGGCAAUUGCGAAAAAUAUAUGGAAAAAGAGGUUCAUCUUUUUUGAUCUUCCAUAUUGGUCAAGUCUUGAUGUUAGACAUUGUCUUGAUGUGAUGCACGUGAAAAAAAUGUGUGUGAUAGUUUGA